UUGUCUCUAAAUGAUGAUGUGUCGAGAGAAAGCUGACACUUCCGCGUCGGUGUGUGUUCGGUCGUGUUCGGAAGUUCAUGCAAAGGUUUGAUUUUUAAUAAUCAGCUCUGACCGGCUCGUGUCUCUCUCGUGAGGUCUGAACCGGCAGCAACACACGGAGCUCAGCGGGGGACAGCGAGCUAGCUGUACAGCUAGCCACUGCAGCUGGUCUUGUGGAAGAUGGACUGUCUCUGUGAAGUGGUUCAAGCUCUGGUCGCUUUGGCAGCUCUGGGUCUGAUCGUGCUGCUCAUAAUCGCACACGUCACCGCCAAGAUGGUGGACCUGACACGUCAUGAGAAGGAGAGAUACUUCGUCACGGCGGCGGGAGAGAAGGAGCUCUUCCCCAGCCUGCAUGAUCCCCAUUCCAGGGAGCUCUCCGUGGUGAUCCCGGCCUACAACGAGGAGUUCCGGAUGCCUGUGAUGUUGGAUGAAGCUAUGGACUACUUAGAAAACAGACAGAAACUAAACCCCUCUUUUACCUAUGAAGUCAUCGUGGUUGAUGAUGGCAGCAAAGACAAAACCACAGAGGUUGCCAUGCGAUACAGCAGGAAGUACGGUGCAGAUAAAAUGCGGGUCCUGACGCUGGUGAAGAACAGGGGCAAAGGAGGAGCGGUGCGGAUGGGAACCAUGAGUUCCAGAGGGAGAGUCAUCCUGAUGGCAGAUGCUGACGGAGCCACAAAGUUUUCUGACAUCGACAAAGUGGAGGCUGGACUUAAUGAACUCAGCCCUAAACCGGAGAACAUGGCCAUUUCCUGUGGUUCCAGAGCUCACCUGGAGCAGGAGUCAGUAGCUCAGCGAUCUGUGUUCCGUACGUUCCUCAUGUAUGGCUUCCACUUCCUGGUGUGGUUCUUCUGUGUGAGAGGGAUCAAGGACACGCAGUGCGGCUUCAAGCUCUUCACGCGCGAGGCUGCGCUCAAGACCUUCUCCUCUCUCCACGUGGAGCGAUGGGCCUUUGAUGUGGAGCUCCUGUAUAUCGCCCAGUGUUUUAAAAUCCCCAUAGCAGAGGUGGCGGUCAACUGGACUGAAAUAGAAGGGUCCAAGCUGAUCCCAUUCUGGAGCUGGCUGCAGAUGGGAAUAGACCUGAUUUUCAUUCGCCUGCGUUACAUCACCGGAGCCUGGAAGCUGCAGUCAACGCUCAAGACUGACUAGCCAACCAAGAAGCCCUUGUAUCAUAGAGACAGCCCACGACGGGGGCCGUCAGACCUCAUUGGUUGAGGUGGGCUGAGUGGGCUGUGUCCAUCAUUCACUGUAAUCACCAAUGAAGAAGAAAACGUCCAGUCCAUCACAUCCUCUCCUCUCAGACGUCGCUGGAUGUGAAGUGAUGACACAGUCUUUUUUAAAUUUUGGCUUGUGAUGCCCGCCGUUACAUGCACAUUUCUGUUGCCACGGCGUUACAGAACGUCCGUACGACCGAUCCGUGUAUUGAGUUACUUCAUGUUUAUUUUGUGGCCAAUCAGUUUUGUAGUGUGAAAGACUUGAAAUGUGAAGGAGGUGACAGUCUGUGUUAUGAUUGUGACGGGGAGAAUGAAUGUUAUUAGAGAUUUAGAGGGGGCUGUGUAUUUUUGAGGGAACAUGGCUGUGGGUUAAAGGCCUGGAUGACUUGAUCCAAAAUAAAAAUAAAAAAGAAAUGUCAA